AUGGACGCCCAUAACCUUCCCACUUUUGAGGAGCGCCGUGAACGGCUUGAGGACAUAUUCGACUUCCUUGGAGACACCAAUCCUGAGAGCGUGUCUCCUAGACUGCGUGAACCUCUCCUAGCACUGCAGCGUCGCGCUGUUGCAUGCCAGGCCCCGUACGAUGCAGACAUCGAAGAAGAGCUCGCAGUGUGGCGGGACUUUCUCGAAGUCCAGGAGGACAUCCACAGGUUCAUGGGCUACCGCCGCUUCCUCUGGAGACUGAGAGAAGCGGAUACAAAGAACUUCCUCACUACUUAUCUCUCAGGUCGAUCCUGGGCCCGAGAGUGGUUGCCGAACGGAGGUGUUCCUCACAACGCCUGCGAGCAAUGCAGCUAUUGGCUACCUAGUCGCCAGCAAGAAUGUGAAUGCCAGUUCAUCUGCCAGCCUCUAUGGUUGAUUCUUGAGGAUUACCACCAUGAGCGAGAUCAAUUCAACGUGUGGCUUAGGAACGCCACGAUAGCGAUGGGUGUAGCAGAUGAGCCUCAGCCUCCGUCCCCCGUCGACGACUUCUUUGCGAGGGUCGCCACCUACAGCCUGGAACACGACGCCCCUGGAGAUUCAUGGGGUGUCAGAAGCAUUUACGAAGUCUUGUUACAGACGUAUAGCCAUACAAGGGGCGAGCAGGUCACUUGUCGCGACUUCCUCCAGAUGGGAUUGGACUACACGCUGAACCGGAUCAACUGGGACCAAAUGUCCGUUCUCAAUCGCGUCCGCGGCAUUCUCAACGAUGACGAGGCCCAAGAGCUUGUGGAGGCGAUCCAUUACGAUGGUCUGAUGUACUACGUCUCAUCUUUCCAUCUCGACGUCGACGGCAGAUAUGUCGACCAGCAGCCCCGCCAAUGGGUUAUCAAUUACCUGGAAGAGAAUCCUGUGCCGCGGGAUAUCUACAAUGGCAUCCCAUUUGGUCGGAUUCUGACCCCUAGUUACCUCUGGAACGAAUAUUUCAUCGACGACGAUGGGAACGUCACGGUCUUCUGCCAAUUCCAGGAGACUGGUCAUGAGUGGGUCAAGUAUUGGCUGGGAACUGGUAGGCCUUUUGAGCGGGAGGACGUUAUCGCUCCACGAGAAGAUGCUGCUAUAUCCCAUGGACGCCAUCAUCAUCAACCUCACCUCAAUGCCGGUCAUCACCAACCGCCGCUAUAUGAUCCGGUGGGGGAGGACACCGGCCGGAAUCGCGCGGGCCUCGGUUCUCUCGUCUCCGCUCUCGCUUCCGCUGCCAGCAGUGCUGCCCGUCGUGUUGCUGGGACAUGGCCCUUCGUCGAAGUACACAGGCGAGUCCUCCGAGGGGCCAGUGAACUGGCUUCCGCUUUCCAGGGACCGGCGGAAGAUCUUGGGGGCAGCGUGUAUGAGGAUCGACCGGCUGCGGAGAGUAAAGUUGAAAGUGGGAAUGAGGAGGUGAAGGAUGGAUGGGAUGCGGAUGACAUCUAUGAUGAGAUGUUGGAUGAACGGCCGGGGAUGUGA